AUGGACGGUCCACCUUUGGCUUCGUUUUCAUUGACACAUGUCCGCUAUAACCCUGCCGACCCGGUCUCCUAUGCAUCGGCAUGGCUGGCUUUGGUGCCCCAAGGCUUAGUCGUUGUCUACGUCACUUUGAUGUGGGCGUCACGGGAAGCCGAGAUAGUCCUCAUGUUUGCUGGCCAGAUGGCCUGUGAGAUGCUGAACUUCGGCUUGAAGCGGAUGAUCCGUGAGGAGCGGCCAGAACAAAUGACGGGCAAGGGCUACGGCAUGCCCUCUUCGCAUUCGCAGUUUGUGGCCUUCUUCGCCGUGUCACUCAGCUUGUUCCUGAUCUUUCGACACGUCCCCACCCAAACGACAAGUUACUCGCCGACGUCCUUUCUAGAACGCAUUAUGCUCUCAUUUGCUGCUUUCAUGGGUGCUGGGGCUGUAGCUGCCAGCCGCGUCUACCUGAACUACCACACCCCAAAGCAGGUUUGGGUGGGAGUUGCUGCUGGGGCCAUCUUUGCUAUCGUAUGGUUUUUAUUUACGACUUCUCUCAGGCAGUACGGCUGGCUUGAGUGGGCGCUUGACAUUUGGCUAGCAAGGCGAUUUAGGAUUAGAGAUUUGAUCACCACCGAGGAUAUCCAGGAUGCAGGGUGGGGAAGAUGGGAGGAACGGAGAAGGGCAAAGAGAGAUGGAGGUCGGGGUGGGAAAAGCAAGAAAGCGCGGUAA